GGGCGUGGGGAGAGGCCGGCGCGAAGCCGCGGCGCUGCCCGUCCCCAACAUGGCCGCCCCCACCAAGAUGACCGGGGUGUGCGAGGGGGAGCGGGGCGGCCGGGUGGCCUGAGCAGGCCGUGAGCCCGUGGUCGAGCAAGGACCGUCCCCAUCUGUCGCCGGAUUGUCCAUUCCAAGCGCUUAGGACAGUGCUCUGCACACAGGGCAAUAACCAGGGCCAUGCCAGGAGGGCCGGAGCGGAGCUGGAUGGUGGGGAGGGGCCGGAGGACUCGGUAGGACCCCCUUCCCGCGGGAUGGGGAACGCGCUGGGCCUGGGAGUCGGGGGGCGCAGGAGCCCCCGGCGCGAGGAGCCGCUGCCCAACCCGGGGAGCUUCGACGAGUUGCAUCGCCUAUGCAAAGACGUGUUCCCGCCGCAGAUCGAGGGCGUGAAGCUCGUCGUCAACAAGACCCUGAGCAGCCACUUCCAGGUGACCCACACGGUGCACAUGAGCACCGUGGGCCAGUCCGGCUACCACCUCCACGCCGCCUACGCCGGGGACCGACAGCUGGGACCCAACGAGGCGUUCCCCGUGUUGGUCGGGGACGUGGACAGCAGCGGGAACCUCAACGCCCACGUCCUGCACCUCGUCGCCGAACGCCUCCGGGCCAAGGCCGUCUUCCAGACCCAGCAGGCCAAGUUCCUGACGUGGCAGUUCGACGGGGAAUAUCGAGGGGACGACCACACGGCCACCCUGACGCUGGGGAACCCGGAUCUGCUGGGGGAGUCGGUGAUCGUGGUCGCUCACUUCCUGCAGAGCUUGACGCGGCGGCUGGUGUUGGGUGGGGAGCUGGUCUAUCACCGGCGACCGGGCGAAGAGGGGGCCAUCCUGACCCUGGCCGGGAAGUACUCGGCUCCACGAUGGGAGGCGACGCUUAACGUGGGGUCGGGCGGGGCCCACGCCAGCUAUUACCACGGGGCCAACGAUCAGGUUCAAGUCGGGGUGGAGUUCGAGGCAAACACGCGGCUGCGAGACACGGCCUUCUCCUUUGGCUACCGGCUGACCCUGCCCCAGGCCAACAUGGUGUUCAGAGGCCUACUGGACAGUAACUGGUGCGUGGGUGCGGUGCUGGAGAAGAAACUGCCCCCUCUCCCCGUCACGCUGGCCCUCGGCGCCUUCCUCCACCACGGGCGCAACAGAUUCCACUGCGGCUUCAGCGUCACCGUGGGCUGAAGGGCACCGGGGAGUCGGGGGGGAGGCCCCCCGCACCCGGCCCGCCCGCUCAGAGGCAGGGGGUCCUCGUCCCCGAAGACACUGAACUCUUUUCUCUUCCCCGCCCGCCCCCCACUCCGUCCCGGCCCCUCCCGACGACGGAUCUGUCGGAGAGGAGUCGCCGUGCACGCGCAGCGCGAUGGGGGCCGGGCAGGACGUCGGGGAAGCCGAGGAGAAGCCCCUUCCCACGCGACCUCCCCUUCCUCUCGAGGCGGACGGAGUCGGUUCCUCCCCCUACUCUAGUGGCGGGGGCGGGGGCGGAGAUGGACCCCCCACCCUCCCUAGGCCCGCCUUCGCCGUCGCUCCAGCCUGGGUAGCCCCUGGGUGGCGCGGGCCGGGGGAGGAGGGGCCGCCCCCCACCCUCUGUAUUAAAGUCCUCCCCGCA